ACAAGAAAACAAAGGAAUUAAAGUUUGGCAGUUUUAAUUCUUUUUGGGCAAUCUUUGAUUUAUCUCUUUUUUUUUCUUUUCUUUCUUGUGAUCAGUAAAUUAACUAGAGAGAUACGAUCGAGAGAUUUAAAAAAAAAAAAAAAACUAGAAAGAACGAAAAGAAUGGGUAGGAUUCCAUGCUGUGAAAAGGAGAAUGUGAAGAGAGGACAAUGGACUCCUGAAGAAGACAACAAACUGGCUUCUUACAUUGCUCAACAUGGUACUCGUAAUUGGCGUCUCAUCCCUAAAAACGCUGGAUUGCAGAGAUGUGGGAAGAGUUGUAGAUUACGGUGGACAAACUAUUUGCGUCCUGACCUGAAACAUGGUCAAUUUUCUGAGGCUGAAGAACAUAUCAUUGUCAAGUUUCACUCUGUUCUUGGUAACAGGUGGUCGUUGAUUGCGGCACAGCUUCCUGGUCGAACAGACAACGAUGUGAAAAACUAUUGGAACACAAAGCUGAAGAAGAAGUUGUCCGGAAUGGGAAUAGAUCCCGUGACCCACAAGCCUUUCUCGCAUUUAAUGGCAGAGAUAACCACUACACUCAAUCCUCCUCAGGUCUCUCACCUCGCUGAAGCUGCCCUCGGAUGCUUCAAGGACGAGAUGCUUCACUUGCUCACCAAGAAACGUGUUGACCUAAACCAAAUCAACUUCUCCAACCCAAACCCUAACACUAACAACUUUAACCGAACAGUUGAUAACGAAGCUGGUAAGAUGAAAAUAGAUUGUUUGGAGAAUGGGAAUGGGAUAAUGAAGCUAUGGGACAUGGGAAACGGAUUCUCCUACGGAUCAUCUUCGUCAUCGUUUGGGAAUGAAGAGAAAAAUGAUGGACCGGCGUCUCCUGCGGUUGCGGCGUGGAGGGGUCACGGUGGAAUACGUACAGCAGUGGCUGACACUGCGGCAGCGGAGGAGGAGGAGAGGAGGAAACUGAAGGGAGAAGUGGUUGAUCAAGAGGAGAUCGGAUCACAAGGACCAAGAGGAGAUGGAAUGUUGAUGAUGAGAAGCCAUCAUGAUCAAAAUCAACAUCAUGUGUUUAAUGUGGAUAAUGUCUUGUGGGAUUUACAAGCUGAUGAUCUCAUUAAUCAUGUGGUUUGAUUUUCAUUUUGGAUCACAUCGGUAGUUAACAUUUGGUUAUGAUUGAUUAGGUGCUAUCU